ACACUGCGCCGAGCCCGCGCCCCGCCGCCACCUCGGCCGGGGAGCCAGGCAGCCAGCCCGGCGUGCCCGCGCGGGGCGCCCGAGCCGCGGGGGCGCACGGCGGCGCCGGGAGGGGAGCGCCCCGGGGCGGCCGCGGCUCCGGGCACCAUGCAGCGAGCCGGCGGCGGGGGCGCCCCUGGGGGCAGCGGCGGGGGCGGCGGCGGCGGCCCGGGCACCGCCUUCUCCAUCGACUCCCUGAUCGGGCCGCCGCCUCCGCGCUCCGGCCACUUGCUGUACACGGGCUACCCCAUGUUCGUGCCCUACCGGCCGCUCGUGCUGCCGCAGGCGCUGGCCCCCGCGCCGCUGCCCGCCGGCCUCCCGCCUCUCGCCCCUCUUGCCUCCUUCGCCGGCCGCCUGACCAACACCUUCUGCGCGGGGCUGGGCCAGGCCGUGCCCUCGAUGGUGGCGCUGACCACCGCGCUGCCCAGCUUCGCGGAGCCGCCCGACGCCUUCUACGGGCCCCCGGAGCUCGCCGCCGCCGCCGCCGCCGCCACUGCUGCCCGAAACCACCCCGAGCCGGGCGGCCGACGCCCGGAGGGCGGGCUGGACGCUGAAGAGCCGCUGCCCGCCCGGGAGAAAGUGGCAGAACCCCCAGCGCCCCCGCCUGCGCACUUCUCCGAGACUUUCCCAAGUCUGCCGGCAGAGGGGAAGGUGUACAGCUCCGAUGAGGAAAAGCUGGAGGCACCCGCAGGAGACCCAGCAGGCAGCGAGCAGGAGGAAGAGGGCUCGGGUGCGGACAGUGAGGAGGACAGCUUCCUGGACAGUUCUGCCGGGGGCCCCGGGGCCCUCCUGGGACCUAAACCGAAGCUGAAGGGCGGCCUGGGGACCGCAGCGGAGGAGGGGGCGCCCUCAACGGGAGUCCCGGCCCCCGGGGGCAAGAGCCGGAGGCGCCGCACGGCCUUCACCAGCGAGCAGCUCCUGGAGCUGGAGAAGGAAUUCCACUGCAAGAAGUACCUCUCGCUGACCGAGCGCUCCCAGAUCGCACACGCCCUCAAGCUCAGCGAGGUGCAGGUCAAGAUAUGGUUUCAGAACCGGCGGGCCAAGUGGAAGCGCAUCAAAGCUGGGAACGUGAGCAGCCGCUCUGGGGAGCCCGUGAGAAACCCCAAGAUAGUGGUCCCCAUCCCCGUGCACGUCAACAGGUUUGCCGUGAGGAGCCAGCACCAGCAGAUGGAGCAGGGGGCCCGGCCCUGAGGGGCCCCCGGGGGGCCUGGGGAGGCACGGGUCUGCGCAGACACUGGGCUGGGCUUUGGGGGCCACAGGCCCCCGCCGCGGUCCUGCCCGCGGAUGGGGCUCCCGUCGGCAAUUGGCACGGCUCUGGGGGGCCCUCCUGGCAACCUGAGAUGUGGACCCUUUCUGGGUCCUGGGCCAUACCAGAGGCCCCAGGCCUGGACUUCAGGGGUUCUCGCUGUUGAGGAGCUGCUAGGACUAAAAGGGGGCUCCUCGGGCCUGCAGGGUCCCCCUUCCCUCAACUGAUGCCCUAGAAUCGCUUCUGAGGGGCGGGAGGAAGCCUGGGUGAGACCUGCCAAGCUGGUCACGGCUCCUUAUUUAUUUUGUGUAAAGUUUGUAUAUAUGGAGCUCUCUGCCUCGGUCUGUGUCUUCCAGAGGGACUGGGGAGGUCGUGUGUCUCCUCCAGCCUCAGUUUAACCUCCCAGCCCCAGGGCGGGCACCGCCUUGCCUGUCUACAGCGCAGGAUGUGCAAAGAAACAAAAGUUGGAACUCUCACUGGCCCCUUUAGGUACCCGUCAGCACUCAGCAUCUCCCCCACGUAACCUACCUCUGCUUCUGUCCUUUCCCGCUGCAUUCACUGCCCACUGUUCCCGCCUCCAGAUCUCACGAUCCUAACAGGCACCGCUGCUGCUUCUGACUUCAGGGUAGAAGACUCACUCGCUUUUGAAUU